AUGUCUCCCUCAAACCUCCAUUACUUCCUCUCUGUCACGACCAUCAUCUUUGCUGGUUUUCUCUUUGAUUUCUCCAUCGAGUCAACUCUCAUGUACCCUUUAGGUUGUUCUAGUAAAAUUCCGUCGUGCAAUUCCUAUCUCUAUCACAUAUCUAAUGGGCUUUCAAUAGAGGAAAUGGCCAAUUUCUAUUCAGUGAAUGCAUCCCAAAUCCAAUCCAUAACCCAUGACGCCAAACUAGACUACCUCGUAUCUGUUCCUUGCACUUGCAAGGAUGUGAAUGGCACCCUAGGAUACUUCUAUGAUACCCUUUAUACAGUGAAACCAGGAGACACAUAUGCAGGUGUCUCAGGUGAGUUUUACAGUGGGCAAGCUUGGAUGAUUGCAGCGGAGGAGCAGCUGUUUGUGGCUGGAGAUAUGAUCACUAUACACCUUGUAUGUGGGUGUCUAGAAGUAGAAAAUCAAGAGGCCGUGACAUAUACAGUGCAAGACCGUGAUACCUUGUCACAGAUUGCAGAACUUCUGUCAGCAAAUCUUAGUGAAAUUGAGAAACUAAAUGGAAAUUUGACUCAAAAUCCAAAUUUUAUAGAUAUUGGAUGGGUUUUGUUUGUACCAAUCGGGAAGAGAAAAAUUCAAGCACCCAAAGCAGGAAAAAGGCACAAUUUACCAAUUAUCAUUGGCACAAGUUUGGUUGUGACAUUACUUUCAAUGAGCAUGCUGGUUCUAUUCCUUAUCAGAAGAAACAGAAACCAUAGAAAAAACAGAGAUCUAGAAGCUGUCAACAAAAGUCCUAGUGCUAAAAAGAGUUCUUCGCAAAACCAACUUCUUCAGGACAAAUAUAUGGAAGGUGUAGCAUCCAUUGAGUCUGAAAGACAUGUUACUUAUAGUCUAGAGGAGAUCAAUGAGGCUACAAAUAACUUUGAUGAAAGCAGGAAAAUUGGACAAGGUGGAUAUGGCACUGUAUACAUUGGUGUACUAAAAGAACAGGAAGUUGCAAUUAAGAAAAUGAAAUUUAGCCAGUCAAAGGAAUUUUUUGCAGAGCUCAAAGUGUUAUGCAAGAUACAUCACAUUAAUGUGCUGGAGCUGCUGGGAUAUGCAAGAGGGGACAAUCAUCUCUAUCUGAUAUAUGAGUAUAUGCAAAAUGGAUCACUUAAUGAUCACCUUCAUGAUCCAGUCCUGAAAGGUCACUCGCCACUUUCUUGGACUGCAAGAGCAAAUGUAGCAGUUGAUGCUGCAAGGGGGAUUGAAUACAUUCAUGAUCAUACAAAGGCACGCUACGUGCAUCGCGAUAUAAAAACAAGCAACAUUCUGCUUGAUCAGAGACUCGGAGCAAAGGUUGCAGAUUUUGGUCUCGCAAGGCUAGUAGAGAGGUCAAACAAAGAAGAUGUUGUAGCAACAUGCUUGGUUGGAACACCAGGUUACAUAGCUCCUGAAUGUGCACGCGAGCUACAAAUGACAUCCAAAACUGAUGUUUUUGCAUUUGGAGUUGUCCUGGCGGAGCUUGUAACAGGUCAGCGGGCACUGAUUCGUGACAAUCAGGAACCAAACGAGAUGAAAUCGUUAGUCUCAGUUAUAUACACAAUAUUCCAAGUUACAGACAAGCAGGGUGCUUUGGAAGCUAACAUAGAUGGUAACCUCAGAGGCAGCUGUCCCAUGGAAGAAGUGUACAAGAUGGCAGAAUUAUCCAGACAGUGCUUAAGCGAAGAUCCAAUGAAUCGACCAGAAAUGAGAGAAGUAGUCCAGAAACUUUCCCAAAUCUUGACAUCCUCCAUAGAAUGGGAAGCAUCACUAAGGGGAAACAGCCGUGUCUUCAGCCGGAUGCUUAAAGGAAGAUGAAUUGUUUCUUCCAGGAAAUUGUUAGAUAUUCCAUUUACACCUUGCUUGUACAGAAAGUUACUUCCUGUUAGGCUUUCUGAUUCCGCCAU